GGACGCUGUUCACAUCUCAAGUUGCUCGCUCACCAACAUGACUGCUCUGCGUCGCAUACAGAAGGAACUUGCAGAUGUUACUAGCAGACCGAUUGAUGGUUUGACGGUAGAGCCGGAGGAUGGAAAUCUCUUCCUCUGGAAUUGUGCCAUCAAGGCCGCGUCGGACAGCCCAUACAAGGGUGGCACCUUCCACUUUACUUUAUCCUUACCAGAGAACUUUCCCUUCAAGGCGCCAUCCGUCACCUUCACAACCAAGAUCUACCACCCCGGAAUCAACGAGGAGGGGCACAUCUGCGUACCAGUCCUGCGCGAUCAGUGGAAGCCCUCGGUGACGCUGUCUUCAGUGCUCGCCAUAAUUCAGGAGAAGGUGAACAACCCCAGCCCAGACGACCCGUUCGAGCCAGAGAUCGCUGCGCAAAUGAAGAACGAUCACGAUAAGUUCUUGGCAGCCGCCAAGGAAUGGACGAAGAAGCACGCGACUGCAUGAGUUUCCGCGGCCAUUUAUGAAUUUUGUACUAUAAUUGCUCCGCGUCGCAGUUGCACUGCCUAUAGUUCUACUCAAGAAGUUGUAUAUCGCAUGUAUUAACAAUCCUGCAUCUCGUUUGAUCUCCGCGCCCGCAAGUGGGAUCUCAUUUGCGUUA